GAGCCGAGCGAAAAUUGAGGGAUGCGAAAGAAGAGAGAGAAGAAGCGAACGAAAAAGACGACCAAUUCAGCUCGAUCAAUUCCCCAAUUCAACGCGACGUAGAAGAAGAGAGGUGUGGGAUUGGUGUUACCUGCGCCGCCUUCUGAAAGCGGCGCCCCGGCAUCGACUCGUGGACAGAGGUUGCCGCCGCCGCCGUUUCUUGUAGGUCGUGCAGAGGCUAGGCUUCUCGAUCUCGAUCUGCUUCCCGGAUUUUCCCUUGAAAGGCACUGUUACCGCCUACAUUGCCAUUGAGGGGCUGCGGAUCGUGUAUAAUAUUUGUGAGCAAAGUGUUCACUAAAAGAUGCCAGUGCCGCCGCCGCCAACGUUGCAGCUACAGCCUCAGCCAACGCCAUCACUGUCAGGGACAAAGAACUCUCGGAUUGACCUUGAUGACCUUAAAUCUCAUAUAGUGAAACGGAUUGGCCAGGACCGUGCUCACAGAUACUUCCGGGCUCUAAAUGGUUUCUUGUUGCAGAAGCUGAGCAAGACAGAGUUCUACAAAAUCUGUGUUUCGGUACUUGGUAGUGAGAAUAUCCCCUUGCACAAUCAGCUCAUUCGUUCAAUCCUUCAGAAUGCCACUCAAGCAAAGACACCUCCACCACUUGAUCGUGGCAAGUUUGCCCAAAAACAAACUGGGGAUGUGUCAAAGAAAUUACUUCAAGUAGAUGAUGUUUCAAAAGCUCCUUCACUAGUGCUCCAAACUUUGUCCAAUGGGGACAUAUUGCCACCAUCACCCAGAAAAUUCAGGACUGGCAUUGAUAUUUGCAGGACAAAAGACUGGCCAACUCCUCUUGGAACAAGUCCAAGAGCUGAUGUUGUUACACAUCAGCCUUCAAAGCCACGUGGUGAGACUGUUUCAACUGAAAAUGGUCAUUUGAAUUUUUCCAAGAGAUUAUUGCAGCAACAGGAUGCUAACUCUUACCGGCCAGCAACAAAGAAGAGGAGAGAGGGGACACCUCUGCAUGACUGGACUACUGUAGAUAGCAAUCCACAUGCAGAAGCAACACCCAUAGGAGUUGAGAAGAACAUGGGUCAUUCAAGUUAUUUGGAUCCCUUCAGAGGCCCUCUUCAGGCUCCACUUGGGAUUUCUUUUUCUGCUGCAAGUGUUAGUAGGGCACGAAGGACAUUUUUCUCAGCGGGUACUUCUACCAGUGACAGUCAUUGGAGAAACCAUAAUUCUGGUGAACUAUGCCGUACUGAGGUUUUGAAGACAACAAUGUUGAAGAUAGCUGAAGCACAGGAUUUGGAAGCAGUAAAAUCGGAAUCAGCUAACGUUUUGAAUAAUGCUCUGGAUGCUUAUUUGAAACGGAUUAUUAGGUCAUGCAUCGAUUUGAAAGUAGGUAGAGAACAUGCAUCAGUAAAGCAGCGAAGUCCUAAUCUUCAACCUUAUACAAUGCACGUCAAUGGUAUUUGGCCAAGAAAUAACAUCCAUUUACCAGGUAAUGUUGAAUUUGUGGAAGCAUGUGUGAUUAGUAUGAACGAUUUCAAGUUAGCAAUGGAAUUAAACCCACAACAACUUGGGGAGAACUGGCCUUUGCUUCUUGAGAAAAUAUGUGUUUGCUCAUUUGAGGAGUAGGAGAAGUUAAGUCCAAUUCUCUGAUUUGCAAGAAAUUUUGGCACUUAAAUGUGCUUUAACUUUUAGGGCCCUUAGUUGGGUCUUCGAUAGCCAUCUAAGCUCCUUGGUCAAAACAUACAUCUUUUCUUUCAGUAUUGAAGAAAAAAUCUUCCGAACCCUGAUUGGCAACCUCAAGGAGGCCCCUUUCUAACACUCAACCAGAAGUCAAAUUCUCAUGCCACUUCAUAGAAGACUUUAAAUGAACAUUGCAGAAGCAUUCCCUUGAGUAUCUUCUGGAGUCGAUCUUCUGCAAGCUUACAAGUUGCAAGUCCAUACUCCCUCAAUUGGAUACAUACUUGCUAUCAGUGAUGAUCUGAUUUUCUUCCCACUGAUGUUGACAAUUCUUCAUUUUUUCUCCAACAAAGACUUGGCUUCUCCAACCGCAGUUUUCAGCUCCCAGCAUAAAAAUAGUUUCCUGCAUCCAAGCGCGGUUAUAUACUUUUAUAACCUAAGGUGUGGUGUGUAAGCAAACAUUGGAAGAAGUUUCAUGGAAGGAACAACAAUGAAGUUUCCUCCUUUCGUUACUCCAAAGGUUACUCUUCAACUAGUUUUAUGUACAUGAACAUACCAUUAUUGUUUCUUACUAAGUUAUACGUAGUUGUUUAUUGCCAUGAUUAUACUUUUAAAGUAGCCUCAAGCUUUGUGAAGCUUUUAAAGUAGCCUCCAAAGGUUAUAUGUUGCACAGGCCAACAUUGCUAGACGCUUUGUGAAUGGAAAAACUAUGAACCUUCCUUCUCUUAUAACUCCAAAGUUGCCCCGAGCUAUGUUGCUUAUACAAACAUUGCAAGAAGCUUCAUGAAAGGAAAAACUAUGAAGUUUCCUUCUCAUAUUACUCCAAAGGUAACUUUUCAAUUAGUUUUAAGUACAUCAACUUAGUUUUAUUAGUUUAUCACACACACACAAAAAAUGCCUUUAUUAAUCAGAAAUGAAAGUUGUCUCUUUUUUCAUAUACCAGUCACGUUAACUAUGGUAUUGUUAGAAACAAGUAUGCAUUUGGCUUCACCACAUAAGUUUACUAUAGUACAAGGCUAAUUUACAUAGGCAUAUGACAUAGCAGCAUGCAUUUCCUUCAAAAAGAUAUUGUUGAUUAAUAUUAUGUGAGCUAGCCUUGUAUCCAAUCAUUCCACAUAGGGAAUAAUCCUCCAUCCCUGCAAGAGGAAUUAAUCCCAUAAUUUGGGUAUAAAUAAUUUGUAGUAUAAAUCACGGACCAAUAAAAUUAUUCUCUUUGUACCUUAAAAAUUAACAAUCCUAAUGAAUAAGUUUUGUUAUAUUAUUGUAUUUCAACUCAGACCGAGGUAAGUUAUCAUGCCCAGCAACUCUGACCAAUAUAAUCCAUUGGAAACUUUUUAAACAAGCUCCGAGUUAUUGGAUAUUUAUCACCAUGAAAUGCUUAGUUAACUUGAGUCCACUUCUUUUAUGGUAUCAGCCUAAUGGUUUCUCUUUUGCAUUGCCAAGUUAUUCACCAGAAAAGUGUGAUUAUGUAAAACGGUGCAAGACUGCUACAGACGCUGGGAGGUAUGCUGCCUUUCUUAGUUGAUGAAGCAGGACCUUAUUGUGUGAACUUUAACGUCUCUGUAACUGUUUAUGAAGCCCCAUCCGAGUGUGAUAUUUCUGAAUUAGCCUCCUGCCUUUGGCACUGAUCUUGUGUGGGGUUCACUUCUCAUCAGUCGAGCUAGUAUCUAGAUGACCAAUGUAUCAAAAGGAAGCUAAGGAGCUAGUCGAUGACCAAAGAGUGCAAAGCUCAAAAUGGAGGCAGUCACUAAAAUUUAGCUGAAUGACUUACUUCCUGGAAAUAAAAGUCUUAUCACCUUUAUUUGUAGCCUCAUUGGCAAUGAAAAGAAGCGUUUGUUGGAGCUAGGAAUCUGGAGUCCAUGCAUUGAAAUUUGAAUUUUAAUGUUUAUGGUGAGAUCAGUGUUUUCCUCUGUUCAGUUGUUGCCUUGCAGGAGAAUGGAAUAUUGUAACUCAUGUUUGCUAAAUAUGCUACUAAUUGUUGCAUUUCUCUUUUUCUGAUGAGAGCAACCAUUUUAUA